AUGAGAUUCUUUGCGCAGCCACCGGUAUCCAUGUUCCUACACCACCACCAAAGGCUAGGGAAGCUGCAAACUUCGUGGAGGCGAUCCGACGCUCGAAGGGCUAGGGGGUCUUGCAGCUCUAUCGUCGCAGGGAAUUCCUCCCUGCGCCUUUUUUUCCUUCUAAUUGGACUCCGGCGGUGUUCGAAUGGGCUGCGUGCAAGCGCCGCACUGGAGAUUUCGAGCGCAAGCGGCUUAUCCUCGAGUCUCUCCAGGAGGUUGAAAUGUUCCUCCGCGGCUGCCCUGUGGAUAAAGUGUUCUCUGGCCACACUGUUGUCCUCCUACACCUGGGCCGCACGUACCACUACCGAGAUUGACGAAGAUGGCAACGCUACGAACCGCUCCCGUAAAACCGUGCAGAAGGCGAUCGACCCGGACGAUGAUCGACUGAUCAUCCCUCCAUCCGAUAGACGUUUGUCGGACGCCCUAGCUUUUCUCAUCGCAGGACACGACGUUGUCCCCCAGCGGAGCCGGUACGGGAAGUGGCCGGCCGAUUUCAACUCAGACGGAGACAUACAUCCAGACCGAUGGCCCAUGGGGGCCCCAGUCGUCGUGUGGGCGUUUGGUUUGCCAUUUACCGCCGUUUACCGCGAUUACUACGCCAUGGUUGGAUCCCGCUUGCGCAAAUACAUUUGGCUUGUGACAAAGAAAACUAGUGGCGACGCUCUGAGACACAUAGGAUUUCACUUCGGAGAGAUCGUGGCCCCACGCGACAAGUUGCCAGCCGUCAUCGAUCAGAAAACAACGCUACACAUCAACGCCGAGAACUACGACUGGACACACUUCAAGGAAAUUCCAAGCAUAUGCUGCGUUUCCCAGGACCUGACUGAAGCGGAAGGUCAUAGCCUGCAGCGAGAGCCGUACACCGCUGAGGACACCCAAGCUCGCACUAAUAUCGAGGUCACCAACAUCCGUGACGACAAGAUCGUCAAAGCCUUAAUCGUUGAACGCAAGGCUCCGAGGUCUGCUACUGCAACUAUGACGCAGUGGAAGAAGCAAAUGAUCACCAUAAUCGCCAUCUUUAUGGCGUGGCAGCCAUUGGGCGUGAAACCCGUUUCUUCGAAUUGCCUGCAGGGUCUGAGGAGCUAA